AUGGAAGACCCAGUUCUGUUAGACAACGUAAACAGCGUGUUAUCAAAAUUGAAUAAUGUCUCAGCUACAAACACCAAUGAAACUGACGUAUAUCUUAAAUUGAAAAAAUUGGAGAAGGAAUUAGAUUUAUUAUUACUACAAGAGGAGUAUAUUAAAGAUGAGCAACGUCAUUUAAAGCGUGAAUUGGUGAGGGCACAAGAAGAGGUUAAAAGAAUAAAGUCAGUGCCAUUAGUCAUUGGACAGUUUUUGGAACCAAUAGAUGAAAACACCGGUAUAGUUUCGUCAACCACUGGUUCAAACUAUGUGGUUAGGAUUUUAUCUACAUUGGAUCGUGAGUUGUUAAAGGCAUCCUCUUCGGUUGCUUUACAUCGUCACUCCAAUGCAUUGGUUGAUAUAUUGCCACCAGAAGCAGACUCUUCUAUAUCAAUUGUUGGAGAAGAUCAGAAGCCAGAUGUCACUUAUGCCGACGUUGGUGGCCUAGAUAUGCAAAAGCAAGAAAUCAAGGAAGCUGUUGAGUUGCCAUUAACUCAAGGUGAUUUGUAUUCACAAAUUGGUAUUGAUCCACCUAGAGGGGUAUUGUUGUAUGGUCCACCAGGUACCGGGAAAACCAUGUUAGUCAAAGCAGUGGCAAAUUCAACUACGGCUUCUUUUAUUAGAAUCAAUGGAUCAGAGUUUGUACAAAAGUACUUAGGGGAAGGUCCAAGAAUGGUGAGAGAUGUUUUCAGAUUGGCUAGAGAGAAUUCGCCAGCAAUUAUUUUUAUUGAUGAGAUUGAUGCUAUUGCUACCAAGAGAUUUGAUGCUCAAACCGGUGCUGAUCGUGAAGUUCAAAGAAUUUUGUUGGAGUUAUUGAAUCAAAUGGAUGGGUUUGAUCAGACAUCUACUGUCAAAGUUAUAAUGGCCACCAACAGAGCAGAUACUUUAGAUCCAGCAUUGUUGAGACCAGGUAGAUUAGAUAGAAAGAUUGAGUUUCCUUCAUUGAAAGAUAGAAGAGAAAGAAGAUUGAUUUUUUCGACAAUUGCAUCGAAAAUGUCAUUAGCACCUGAAGCUGAUUUGGACUCUUUAAUCAUCAGAAAUGAUCCAUUGUCUGGUGCGGUUAUUGCUGCAAUCAUGCAAGAAGCCGGGUUGAGAGCUGUGAGAAAAAACAGAUAUAUGAUUUUGCAAAGUGAUUUAGAGGAAGCUUAUACUUCACAAGUAAAGACAGGGACAGAGCAUGAUAAAUUUGAUUUCUAUAAGUAA